CACCCGGCGAGAGAAAAGCAGGGUCCGCCAAUACUGUCAGUGGCCGCCAUGUGCCGUCGCUCCGGAGGUGCCUGUCGAUCGCUGCACAUUUUUGUCCGAUCUAGCGCUGGAAAGGGUAAGGUCAAUGACCUCACAACAAUAGCUCUCCGCCGGACUUCGAUCUUCCCAGCUCCCAUGCUGAGCCCACGCGAUGCACGAUGCCAGCAAUCGAUGCGGAUUGGCGAACAUCUCUACCUCGAUGGCCGAGCGAUUAAGCUAAACACUGAUCACGGUAAGCUUCAGCAGACCGGGGCGCGCCGUCAAAUACAUCUAGGCUGGCCUCGCGCAUUUUACAACUCUUCCUCCCUUCCGACCUCAUCACCCAUUUCUCUCUAUCUGUGUCAAUCAGAUACAUUCUCUCACAAUGCAGCACCGUUUUCUGGCGCUGGCCAUGCUGGCCUCCGCCGACGCAGCCGUGAUCUCAACCUACACCACCGUCAUCACCAGCUCGGUCCUUCCGCCGUACUUCCAGUCGACGCCGGAGGUUUUCCAGGGCCCGACGCCUACAGGCAGCGAGCCGUUCCUGGCACAGACAAACCCUGUGACCUUCUCCGGCGCAACCACGACCACCUUCUUCCCCGCCUCGCCGCUCCAGACCCAAGAGCCUAUUCAAGACCAGCCGGCCGGUGACAACAUCUUCACGCAAAUGGGCAACAUUGGCCCGUACCGCUCUUCUCCCGGCUUCGGUGUCGACGAAUAUCCGCUUCCCAAUGGUUCGGAGAUCGUCUGGAUGAACAUGCUGGCACGUCACGGCUCUCGCUACCCCACUGAUCCGAACCCUCUGGGCUCCUUGAUCCCUGGCUCCGGCGCUACGUUCAGCGGUCAACUCUCGUGGUUGAACAACUGGACUUAUGUCCUUGGGACGAACAUCCUCACUCCCCUUGGUCGUCAAGAGCUUUACGACUCGGGUGUCUUGCACAACUACCAGUACGGGCAUCUGUUCAACCCGAAUUCGACGACGAAACUCGUCCUACGUACGACCACUGAGGACAGAAUGAGGAAAUCAGCCCAGAACUUUGCUGCGGGCUUCUGGGGGCUUGGUUACGAUGAAUAUGCGCAGAUUGAGUACAUUAUUGACGAGACCGGCUUCAACAGCACUCUGUCUCCCACCAACCUUUGCGUGAACAACAACAACUACCGCACCAGCGCCGGACAAAAUGUGAGCACCGAGUGGAUCGGCAACUACACCCAGAACGCGGUGAAGCGCCUGAACUCCAUGUCCAGCGGCUUCACAUGGAACGCGAGCACCGUGUACAGCGCCCAACAGCUCUGCCCAUACGAGACCGUCGCUCUCGGAUACAGCGAGUGGUGUGAUCUUUUUGAAUGGCAAGAGUGGGAGGACUUUGAGUACUCUAUCGACCUCGACUUUGCCGGCACGUACGGCUUCCAAUCGCCAACGUCGCGAGCGGUCGGUGUGGGAUACGUCGAGGAAGUGUUGGCGAGAUUGAACCACCAUCUCAUCACCAACGCCACGGCCGAGGUUAACGUGACGCUUGACAGCAUGAACUCGACCUUCCCGACCAACCAAAACCUCUACUUCGACUUCACCCACGAAGUCGACCUCUUCUCUACCCUCACAGCCUUCAGCUUCCGCCAAUUCGCCCCGCUGCUCUCCGCCACCAGCUACCAGGCGAACCGCGAGCUCAUCGUCUCCCACAUGGUGCCCUUCGGCUGCCGCCUCAACAUCGAGCUCAUCCAAGCCCCGGCGCCCGUCCCCACCAACCGCAGCGGCGGAUGGAGCGGCUACGAGAGCGGCGAGCCCACGACGUACAUUCACUUUGUCCUCAACCAGCGCACGCUGCCGCUCGGACAAAGCAUUCCGGCGUGUGGAGAUCGUGCGGACGGGUGGUGUGAGUUGAGCACCUGGAUGCAGGCGCAGGCUGAUGCGCUCACCCUGGCGGACUAUGACUAUGCUUGCAACGGGAACUACAGUCCUCCUGCUUGGGGUGCGAUUACCAACGGUGUGCCGCCCUCGUCUUAG